AUGACGUYGCCGCGACCUCUCGACGACAACAAACAUGGAGGAAUAUAUCCGAGAACYUUGGCCCAGAGAAGCUGGUGGGGUUUCUGGGUGUUGAUAUAUGACUUUGGCUUUACAUGCCCCUGGAGGAUAUUGGAAGACUGUGGAGGAGCUUUCACGUUGGGUACCAUCGGAGGUGGGGUGUUCCAGGCAAUCAAGGGCUUUCGAAAUGCCCCAGCUGGUUUUGGACACAGACUGAAAGGAAGUGCUAAAGCAGUGAGAGUAAGAGCUCCACAGAUCGGAGGUAGCUUUGCUGUGUGGGCAGGAGUCUUCUCUGCAGUCGACUGUGCUUUAAUUCGCCUGAGAGGUAAAGAGGACCCGUGGAACGCUAUAACAAGUGGUGUGCUGACGGGAGCCAUCGUAACAGCACGCAGUGGACCAUUAACCAUGAUGGGUUCUGCCAUGAUGGGAGGGGUUGUGCUCACUCUCAUCGAGGGUUUUACUUUUGUACUAAACAGAAACACAGCACAGCAGUUUCAAAACCCUGUUCCUUUUGCAGACGAUCCCAGUCAGCUUCCUCCGAAGGAUGGAGAUCCUCAGCAGCAUCAGGGACCAAAGGGUCUGUUUCACUAGAGAGCAUUAAGGACUCAGGUGGACACAGUGGGUCAGACCAGAGCAUUCUGAGAAGGCUGACACUGCUGUCAGGAGGAUCGGGGCUGGACAUGAUGUGUGUGUCGGUGACAAGUCGCUGCACGUUGUUCUUGUACCUCAGGGA